AGUAGCAGGAGGGAGUCUUCCUUGCAGAAAUGAUGCUGGAAAAUUCCCCUUAGGCCAUCGCUUGUGCGGUGGUUGGAGGCUAAAGGGCCUCAAUUGUAAUUUAGCUUUGAUUCCUCGACGCCAUGCCGCCCAGAGGGAAAACGCCUGCGGUCGCCCUCCCCGUCGAGGAUGCCUUGCUGGAACUCCCAGAGGGCAUGGAGGUUCAAGAUCCGCCAUUCAGCUUCGUGCUCGCCCACCUUGUGAGUCAUACCUUCCACGUUGAGGCUGAGGCUGAAGGGACUGAAGGCGAUGUCGGUGUACAAGACUUUGAUCCACUGGAGUCUUUGUCCAGGUACCAUGAAGGAGAUGCACCACAUACCUCCAAUGUUUUAUUGCUCACACGUGAUGAGUUGGAAGGCUUCGCGGAGGGUGGCACCUUUGCCGCUGGCAUGCGCCGCAAGGCGGAGGCUGAGUUUCUCUGUCGCCGGCGCAAGAAGGUGAAUGAGGCACGGCAGAAAGCCAUCGACGACGGAGGUUCCAUGGAAUCGGACGAUUCCGAGAUGGACUUGAUUGUGAUCGUCUCUGGUUAUCCUUCCACACCCGAAGAAGUGGAUGAGCUUGAAGAUGCAGGUCUCUUUGACUUGGCAGAUGCAUUUGUUUCCAUUCACCUGGCUGGUGAGACCUUGAUAGAUGAGCCAGAUGAGACCGGAGCUACGAGGAGAAUAGCCAAGAUGAUAGGUGCACCCCCAGCCAUCACUGCUCUGCGAGAAAAGGUGCUUGGCGCUGAAUCUGGCACGCCGCUGGCCUCAACCAUUGUGACUGAGCUCUAUAACUGUCAUGAGUGGGCACUUUCACAAGGUUUCGAAGUUAUAGACCCAUGCCGGGUGAUCGUGGGGGCGAUUUCCUUUGCUGCCCAACGACGCAUCAGCUACAAGGAAUGGUUGAGUGCCUUGCCGGAGGAUCGAGUGGUCAUCCCAUCGGUGGAUCCCAUCGAGCGCACCGACACGUCGGUCUAUGAGCGCCUGGUCGAAUCCACGGAUCCUGCACACCAUGAUGUGUCCUUUAUGUUGUACUGUCUCUGUGAACAGGUGAACCAGUCCUUGAAGGGGGACACGGCGGAAGUGCCAGCCGCAAGGCAGAAACCUUCUGCAGAGCAAAUGAAAGACUUGGCUGAAAAGGAACUGGCAAUGAUCGAGAAACUCUUGGACAACACAUGCGACGGACUGUUGCUUGGGCAGGACGCGGCUAAGAAGUCCGAAGACAAGAGUCACGAGGUAGUUGGAAGUCUGAUGGCGAUGGUGGAGCAAGAAGAGAUGGAAGCAGAGCGUGGAUCGAAAGAGGAGGAGGCUCCUCAGCAAGUGCCGCAGACUCCUAAUCCAGGCUUGGGCUCAUGUGCUCCCGAAGACCUGGACGAAGACCUGGUGAUCCCCUAUCAUGACCGCAUGCGCUGCCGGCACGUGGGACAUCGAUUUCCUGGUGGCAAGUCCGUUGCGCUUGAGAUCGAACAGAUCCUUUCGCAUCUCAAUGCGCCAGGGAUCAAUCGACAGAACUUUCCGUUCAGAGUCUCAAUGACCGCUGCGGAAAGAUCAGCCCACCGAAAUCGGAUCUAUAAGUACAUGCCGAGCAUGCCUGUGGUGGAACUGGAGCGCUUGCUUUUGCUUCGCGAGUUUCAACAUCUGCUCCACGAAGCGCAGCCCGAGCGCCAGUGGAAUCUGAAGGACUGGGUGUUUCAGGAGAAAAUCUCGGCAUCCUUGCUAAGUCAGACGAUCCUUGAAGCGAGCUGUCGGGACUAUUUUGUCAACAUGAAGUACAUGGAGCGUCAGGAUUGCUUGCUCGUUGCAAUGCACUAUCGAGCACUGCCAGGCCGUGUGCUUUGGCAUUCUUGGGAGGGGGACCUCCUCACACUCUCGCAAGAAGAUGGACAUCAAGGGCAGGAGCUGAAGCUAUGCCCCAUGCCUACUUUCCACGAUUGGUGGCAGCUGGUUUCAGGCCAACCGAGCCCAGCGCCUCCUGCAUAUGAAUAUGUGGUGGAAGGUGGCAUCUUCAAAGCUCCUCCCAAGGCCAAGAAGGCUGAUGCGAGAGGCGGCAACAUGACGCAGCGGCCAGUGCCCCCUCCUCUUUGUCCGAAGAAGGUCCUUGACCUGGAUGCGCGAGAGGUCGGCUACUGCAAAGUCAUCGAAAAGAUCCUGGUCCCUUCCGACAAGUCUAUCAUUCUGCGCACAGCUUUCCAGCGGGGUGCACAGUGCUCCGUGCCCGAGUUGGCCAAAGAAGGGCAGGUGGUGAAGCCUGUGGUCGAGGAUGAAGACGAAGGCGAAGACUCUGGUUUGGAGGAGGAUGAAGUGCUGGUGGAUCCCUUCGUGCCGCUGCCGCGAAAGGAGCUCCACUCUGUGCGGGUCAUCAAGGACAAUUUGACCUUCGGCAUGGUCUCAGAUGCAGCAUGGCUCGAGACUGUGGAAGCUCUCCGCGAAGCGCGACUCUCCAAGGAGGAAGCACUUUCAGAGGAGCCGCAGGAAGAUGAGGAUGCCAAACUAGCAGCAGCUCAGGCAGCUGCCGAUGUUGAGAAGGAUGGCGAGGAGGAAGAUGAGCAUCCCCAGGAGGAAGAGGAAGAGGAGGGUGGCGAAGCGGUGAACGUCACUGAGAGGAACUUGGAGGAGUCAAGAUUUGGAUGCCUCUGGGCUGUCUUCAAGGAUGGUACCAGAUGUACUGUGCGAAUGCACCAUGAAAGACUUUGGUACACCCCUGGGGACGUGUCCUGGGACGUGACUUCUUCGCGGCCUGGCGUUCAGGUGUGUUAUACUCCUCCCUUUGGUGUGGUGGUGCAAGCCUUUAGCGACGCAUCCAUUCGUCAGAGCUGGCCACCCCAAAGACUCUUCCCCAAAGAUGGUCGGGAAGCUGAUCGCAUGCUGCCAGGUCAAGAGCAGGAUAUCGAGCUAGCACGGGUGGCGACUGCCUUUGGUGUUCUGAUGAUCGAGAGGCUGUCUGGCCGCAAGGAGGUGUUUCAUGCUUCUGGAACUCGGGCAUGGAGAAAUCCUACGGUAGAGGAGCUGCAGGAGAGGAGCAGACACUUCACCCAGCUCGCAAGCAAGAAGGGCUGCGACGCAGCAGCCCGUGCUUGUGCUCAGCGGCUUGCUGAGAUCUGUGCCGCCUGGGAGGCCAACAACGCGGAAGUUGACGAAAUGGACCCCGAUGGGCAGAUCAAAUGUUUUGGCUUGCCUGGCCAUUGGCGCGUGACAACGUGCCAGGGCCGCCGCUUUGGCCGGGCACGAACUGUCGAGGAGGCAGAAGCCAGCGGCUCUAGGCUGAACAGCAAGCGGCCCUCGCAAAAUGGCAGCGACCCGCGAACAGGCAGCAAGGCUGAGAGUGGCAGCAAGCCUGGCAGCAAUCCGUCCAGCAAACCUCACAGCAAGGAUGUUCCAGCCGAAGCAGAAGAAGAGGAAGAAGAAGAUCUGGAGAGCGAGCCGGAUCCUCCAGAGCCACCUCCUUCGCUUCAGGAUAUUUUGGAAGCCGUACUAGUGGAUGAAGGUGGGAACAUCGAGUAUGAGCUUGACCCCGUCCCUAUGCUGGUGCAGCGUGAUCCCCACACAGGAAUCACUACCACUACCAAUGAGGAGGGAAUGAUGAUCUUGGCAUACCCAGAUGAUCUGACAAACCUCUGCGUCCUUCCUGAUGGCACCAGGAUGUCGCAAACGGAAGAUGCAGAAGGCACCCAGGUUGUCAUCGAGAAAGAUGGAGCUGCCCGAGUGACAUGUUUCAUCAAUGACAAAGCCUACGUUCCCAACUCAAUGGUCAAGGUUGAGAUUGACCAUGGAGCCACGAUGGAGGUGGUCCCUCGAAGGCUAAACCUCAAGGCAGAGUUGGUCUCUGCUGACCCUCAUACCUUCCUGGCCAAGCUUCGGGGCGAGCCAGAGGAUGACGUGUCCCCUGCCUUGGAAAUUGCGCAACAGCAGGCCCAGAUGAAUCAGCAUGAGUUCUGCCGAAAUCCUGAUCCACGUGAGGAGAGCUUCUCCACAAACGCCUCAGUGAUUCUGCGCCAUCCUGAAGGAACACUAGUUCACUCCAAGGGCGCCGGUGAAGUGGAGCUGGUGAGUGGCAUUGAUAUUGCCGCAGUCGGGGGAGAGAGCGAGAAAGCGUUGAAGAUGCUGCAGGACAAGGGAUGCGUGUACAUGGCGCAAGUAGAUUAUGAUCGAAUUUACUUGCGGGAUGAUGAUGGCAAUCACUUCGAGGUGAAGGGGGAUCAGUCUUUGGACUUCAAGCUCUCUGUGUCCAUGGGAGAUGACUUUGCAUCGCCAAGAUGUGUAUGCCCACAGAAGCCUUUCAAGCACCCCGACGCCUCCUUUUUGCCACUUCCAGAGCAGGCACCUCAGCCGCGACUUUUUAUCGUCUACGGCGAUGGGGAGGCCGAGGAGUUGCUCGUGAGAAGAGAUUUCGAGGAGGCUAUACGCCUGGCACGGAAGGAUCCUCAUACCUUGGUGGUUGAAGGGGAGAAGAUGGGAUGGCCAAUGAGCUGUUGCAAGACUCACUCGAUCCACAGGAUCAUGCAUAUGGAUCCAGUGAAUGUGCCAAUGAGGCCCUUGGAGCUUCCUCAUGGCAUCUGUGGCUUUGUUGAGCCUCCACCGUCCCCUCUGAAGAGGACAUUUACUGAAUUCCGGCAGUUCAUCGAGUACCCUGAACUCACUGAACAGAAGCUCCAGGAAUUUGAAUCUGCGUAUGAAGUGUAUCUUCAACAGGAGGAGGAGCAACGGACGCUACACAGCACCUUGGGUCAGGGCUUGCAGAAUGCCCAACGGGGCAGUAUGCAAAAGACGUCCACGCUGGAUCCCAGCAAGUUUCGAGAGGCUGCCUCCAGUGAGCCAGGAGAGGCAAGUACCUCAGACCUGGCCCGAGAGGGAGGUGCUUGAUGGUGCUUGAGGCGGAUGCGGAGGUGUGAUGAGGUCGCGCGGCAGUGAUUGGUUUCACGGGAAUUCCGGCAUGUCCUUUUUGGGUUCACUACCCACCCGUGUCUCACCCAUGCGAAAAAGAGCGCUGAUCUCACUGAUAUCCGAUUGCCUUUCAGAGUCUUUCCGGAGGCGCUUAGUCCCCUUGUUACUAGUUACUAGUAGCUUCUUGUUACUAGUAGCGAUGGCAUCCAACCUACUUGCGAUGGCCUCCACCUAAUAGUGUCCUUGCUGUUAGUAGCGUCCUUGUUCCUAGUAGUAAUGCCAGGAGCUACUAGUAGCGUGCAGCGUCCUUGCUCCGUUCGUAGCGAUGCCCUUUGUUACUAGUAGCGUCCGAACGCUACCAGUAGUCAUAAGUCAUAACAUCCUCACCAAAUCGGAUGGCACCGGAUCUAUGGAGGGCUGCUUUGGAGUCUGACCCUGUUCGGUGCUUGUUCAGCCCCCGCAGGCCGAGAUGCUGGAGAGCUUCCGCAAAGGCUAUCAAGUGAGGAACGGUCAUGGGAACCGAAUCCGUUCCAGAUGAUCAUUUCUUUCCGGACGACUGAAUUGUUGUAGUCGGUUUGCUUCGAGAGGGGAGGUCCACAUGUUCUCCGCAUCGGCGAUGUUUCUUUUGAUCUCUGCAUGAUCGCUACCAAAGGGUGGCACCUUUGCGCCGAUGUCCGGAUGCAUCAGAUUGCGGCUGCCAAAGAUGCACUCGCACAGGCGAAGCAUCUAAGAAAA